AUGCGCCUGGUUGCCAAGUGGGUGGGCGCGGGAGUCCUUCGGCAGGAGCGAGCGGGGGAGACAACAACAGUCGUUGUCGCGCCGCCACCGCCGCCGCCGAGGAAGCGUUUGAGGGCUGCCGUCCGUUCCUUCAUCUCCCGUCACCACCGGCGAAGGAAGAGAGUCAGGCCGAGAAGCGGCGAGAGCGGGGCUGUCGUGGCUAGUGGAUUAAAGGCGAGGAGCCGUCCUUUCCUCGGAGCCGUCCAGCCUCAGAGCCGUCCUGGGGGAGCGAGCGCUGCUGUGCUCUUCCUUCACCAGAGCAGCGGAAUCCGCCGAGUCUCUCCGGGGACAAGGCUCGGCCGCUUCUGCGCCCGCCGUCGCCCUCUCUCACCCGCGCACUUGCUGGCCCGCGGAGACGGAGAAGACGUCGCCGCCGCCGAUACAGCCGCGCUGCCCUGGGGGCUGUACGGAGCAGCGGCCCCGGGCUCGUCAGGAAAAGCCGCCUCCUCUGCUCGUCAAUGAGCAUCGCGGCUCAGGAGCUCCACUCCGGCAGGGGGGAGCCGGCUUCAGGAGCAGCCCCGGCGGCGGGGGGAGCAGCAUGUGGAUCCCAACGGAGGAGGAAAAAUACGGCGUGGUUAUAUGCAGCUUCCAAGGACAUGUGCAGCAAGGCUUAGUUCUAGAACUAGGAGAAACUGUUCAGAUCUUGGAAAAAUGUGAAGGUUGGUACAGAGGAAUUUCAAUAAAGAGACCUAACAUAAAGGGAAUCUUUCCUGCAAAUUACAUUCAUUUGAAAAAGGCACUUGUCAGUAACAGAGGGCAGUAUGAAACAGUUGUUCCGCUUGAAGAUUCUGUUAUUACUGAAGUUACAGCAACUCUCCAGGAAUGGGCUAUCCUCUGGAAGCAGUUAUAUGUGAAACAUAAGAUAGAUCUGUUCUACAAGCUACGCCAUGUGAUGAAUGAACUGAUUGAUCUUCGCAGACAAUUACUUUCUGGUCAUUUGACCCAGGAUCAAAUUCGAGAAGUCAAGAGACAUCUCACUGUACGAUUGGACUGGGGAAAUGAGCAUUUGGGCUUGGAUCUUGUCCCACGGAAGGAGUUUGAGAUUGUCGAUUCUGAUCAGAUCAGUGUGUCUGAUCUAUACAAAAUGCAUUUAUCCAGUAGGCACAGUGUGCAACAAAGCAUAUCACAGGUGGAUACAAUGAGGCCACGCCAUGGAGAAACAUGCCGUCUGCCAGUACCUCACCAUUUCUUUCUCAGUUUAAAGAGUUUCACAUACAAUACCAUUGGAGAAGAUGCAGAUGUGUUCUUUUUUUUAUAUGAUGUUCGAGAAGGGAAGCAGAUCAGUGAAAGAUUUCUGGUAAGGUUGAACAAGAAUGGGGGGGCCAAGAAUCCAGAGAAGAUUGAUCGGAUGUGUACACUUUUUACAGACCUUGGCAGCAAAGAUAUGAAGAAAGAUUUGUACAUAGUUGCCCAUGUAAUCCGAAUAGGACGUAUGUUGCUAAAUGACUCAAGAAAGGGUCCAUCUCACCUCUAUUACCGUCGUCCAUAUGGCUGUGCUGUAUUGAGUGUCUUGGAUGUAAUUCCAUCUAUUUCUGAACUCAAAGAAGAAAAGGAUUUUGUUCUCAAAGUUUACACGUGCAACAAUGAGAAUGAAUGGCAUCAGAUCCAUGAAAAUAUAAUUCGCAAGUCGAGCACCAAAUAUACAGCACCCAGUUCAAAUUAUGGACUUAUCAUUUCUCUUCAAAUUGUCCGUGGAGAAAUGGAACAAAUUCGAAGAGAAUAUCCUAUUAUCUUUAACAGAGGGGUGUCUAUUACAAGAAAAAUAGGAUUCCCAGAUGUGAUCGUGCCUGGUGAUAUACGAAAUGAUUUGUACCUGACUUUAGAGAAAGGAGACUUUGAGAGGGGUGGAAAAAGUGUUCAAAAGAACAUAGAAGUAACUAUGUACGUUCUCUAUGCAGAUGGAGAAAUUCUAAAGGACUGCAUUAGCUUAGGCUCAGGAGAAUCAAAUAGAAGUAUGUAUCAUUCCUUUGUUCUCUAUCAUAAUAAUAGCCCUCGCUGGGGAGAGGUCAUCAAACUCCCAAUUCCCAUUGACAGAUUCCGUGGAUCUCACCUCCGUUUUGAAUUCAGACACUGUUCUACAAAAGAUAAAGGAGAAAAGAAGCUCUUUGGCUUUGCGUUUACACCAUUAAUGAGAGAUGAUGGUACUACCCUAUCUGAUGAUAUUCAUGAGCUUUAUGUUUAUAAGUGUGAUGAAAACAGCACUUUCAAUAACCAUGCACUUUACUUGGGUCUUCCAUGCUGCAAAGAAGAUUAUAAUGGUUGUCCCAACAUCCCUUCAAGCUUGAUUUUUCAGCGCAGCACCAAAGAGUUUUUUUCAAUCUCUACUCAGCUGUCUUCUACCAAACUUACCCAGAAUGUGGACCUGCUUGCUCUUCUGAAAUGGAAAGCAUAUCCAGAUCGUGUAAUGGAUAUUUUAGGAAGACUGCGCCAAGUCAGUGGUGAAGAAAUUGUUAAGUUCUUGCAGGACAUUCUGGAUACAUUGUUCGUGAUUCUGGAUGAUAACACAGAAAAAUACGGACUUCUGGUCUUUCAGUCUUUGGUGUUUAUCAUAAAUCUAUUGCGUGAUAGCAAAUAUUUUCAUUUUCGACCUGUAAUUGACACUUAUAUUCAGAAGCACUUUGCAGGAGCUUUGGCAUAUAAAGAACUCAUCCGCUGUUUGAAAUGGUAUAUGGAUCGAUCAGCUGAACUAGUACGACAGGAUCAUAUUCAAGAAGCAAUGCGGGCAUUGGAAUAUCUUUUCAAGUUUAUUAUUCAGUCUCGGAUCCUUUACUCCAGAGCUACUUGUGGAAUGGAGGAGGAACAGUUUAGAAUCAGCAUCCAAGAACUUUUCCAGUCCAUCAGAUUUGUACUCAGCUUGGACAGCAGAAGCUCUGAGACUCUCAUCUUUACACAGGCCCCUCAGCCUGAAGGACAGGUGAGCGGAGCUGGGACAUGUGCCCCACAAAAAUGUGGUGGCAUUGCAAGGCCGUCAUUUAAAUCUGCUGCUCUAUUGAAUUCUUUCCCUGCCAUUUUUGACGAGCUAUUGCAGAUGUUCACAGUACAGGAAGUAGCAGAGUUUGUGAGAGGAACUCUUGGGAGCAUGCCCAGUACAGUGCAUAUUGGACAAUCUAUGGAUGUGGUUAAAUUGCAAUCUAUAGCUCGUACAGUGGACAGUCGCUUAUUUUCUUUCUCAGAAUCUCGGCGAAUCUUAUUACCUGUGGUCCUUCAUCAUAUUCAUCUUCAUCUGAGACAACAAAAAGAGUUGCUUAUCUGCUCUGGAAUUCUUAGCAGUAUCUUCUCUAUCAUCAAAACUAGCUCCGUGGAGACAGAUGUAAUUGAGGAAGUAGAAAUGAUGGUGGAGAGCCUCUUGGAUGUACUAUUACAAACUCUUCUGACUAUUAUGAGUAAAUCACAAUCUCAGGAGGCGGUAAGAGGGCAGCGUUGUCCACAAUGCACAGCUGAAAUCACUGGGGAAUAUGUAUCCUGUCUUUUGUCUCUACUUCGUCAGAUGUCAGACACUCAUUUUCAACAUCUUCUGGAAAAUUUCCAGAGUAAAGAUGAGCUAAAGGAAUUUCUUCUAAAGAUUUUCUGUGUGUUUCGAAAUCUGAUGAAGAUGAGUGUCUUUCCUCGAGAUUGGAUGGUGAUGAGAUUACUCACCAGCAAUGUCAUAGUUACAACAGUGCAGUAUCUGUCUGCAGCACUACAUAAGAAUUUCACUGAAACGGAUUUUGAUUUUAAGGCCUGGAACUCUUAUUUCAGCUUGUCAGUUUUAUUUAUCAACCAACCCAGCCUCCAGCUAGAAACAUUUACUCCAGCUAAGCAGAAAAAGAUUCUGGACAAAUAUGGUGAUAUGCGUGUGAUGAUGGCAUAUGAGCUUUUUAGCAUGUGGCAGAAUCUGGGGGAACAUAAAAUUCACUUUAUUCCUGGAAUGAUCGGUCCUUUUCUGGGUGUCACACUUGUGCCACAGCUAGAGGUUCGCAACAUUAUGAUCCCCAUUUUUCAUGACAUGAUGGACUGGGAACAGCGAAAAAAUGGCAACUUUAAACAGGUGGAGGCAGAAUUGAUUGAUAAGCUAGACAGUUUGGUAUCAGACGGAAAAGGAGAUGAAAAUUACAGGGAACUCUUCAGUCUGCUAACCCAGCUGUUUGGGCCUUAUCCCAGCCUGCUAGAAAAGAUAGAACAAGAAACUUGGAGGGAGACAGGGGUUUCGUUUGUUACAUCAGUUACUCGUUUGAUGGAGCGCCUCCUUGACUACAGAGACUGUAUGAAAGGAGAUGAAACAGAGAACAAGAAAAUUGGCUGCACUGUUAACUUGAUGAAUUUUUAUAAAUCUGAAAUUAAUAAGGAGGAAAUGUAUAUCCGCUAUAUACACAAAUUAUGUGACAUGCAUCUGCAGGCUGAAAAUUACACAGAGGCUGCUUUUACAUUACUUUUGUAUUGCGAGCUACUACAAUGGGAGGACAGGCCUCUUCGGGAAUUCCUCCACUAUCCAUCUCAGACAGAGUGGCAACGUAAAGAAAAUCUUUGUCGGAAGAUUAUUCAUUAUUUUAAUAAAGGCAAGAGCUGGGAAUUUGGAAUCCCAUUAUGCAGAGACCUGGCUACUCAGUAUGAAACAUUAUAUGAUUAUCAAAGUCUCAGCUGGAUUCGGAAAAUGGAAGCUAACUAUUAUGACAAUAUAAUGGAACAACAACGGUUGGAACCUGAAUUUUUCAGAGUUGGCUUUUAUGGAAGAAAAUUUCCUUUCUUCCUUCGUAAUAAAGAGUAUGUUUGUCGAGGCCAUGACUAUGAGAGAUUAGAGACCUUCCAACAAAGAAUGCUUAGUGAAUUUCCACAAGCCAUUGCAAUGCAACAUCCAAAUCACCCAGAUGAUAGCAUAUUGCAGUGUGAUGCCCAGUACUUGCAAAUCUAUGCGGUGACUCCAAUUCCAGACAAUAUUGAUGUACUACAUAUGGAUCGUGUCCCUGAUCGCAUAAAGAGCUUUUAUCGAGUUAACAACAUCAGGAAAUUCCGCUAUGACAGGCCUUUUCACAAGGGCCCUAAAGACAAGGAAAAUGAAUUUAAGAGCUUGUGGAUUGAACGUACCACUCUAACCCUGACUCACAGUUUACCUGGAAUCUCUCGGUGGUUUGAAGUGGAAAGACGAGAAUUGGUUGAAGUAAGCCCAUUAGAAAAUGCUAUUCAAGUAGUGGAGAACAAAAAUCAGGAGCUAAGGACACUAAUAAGUCAGUAUCAGCACAAACAAAUGCAUGGGAACAUCAAUCUACUCAGUAUGUGCCUGAAUGGAGUUAUUGAUGCUGCUGUGAAUGGUGGCAUAGCACGAUAUCAGGAGGCAUUUUUUGAUAGGGAUUAUAUCUCCUCUCAUCCUGGAGAUGCAGAAAAAAUCACACAGUUGAAAGAACUGAUGCAUGAACAGGUACAUAUCCUAGGAAUAGGUCUGGCAGUACAUGAGAAGUUUGUACAUCCUGAGAUGCGUCCACUCCAUAAGAAAUUAAUUGACCAAUUUCAAAUGAUGCGAUCUAGUUUGUACCAUGAAUUACCCACUCUGGAAAAAUUGAGUCCAGCCUGCUCAGGAACAAGCACACCACGUAGCAAUAUGCUUGUAUCACACAGUCCAAUGAGUCCAGAGAGCAUCAAAGUAAUGCAUCGCCACAGCCCAUUGAAUAUGCUGGGUACGGUCCGACACUCAUCAUCUUCCCUUUCUUCUCAUACAUCAAGUGAAACAGGAAAUAUGGUUAUAUUAACAGACAGUUCUGUUGGAGAAAAUGCAGAGGAUGUGUAUCACAUGCAGGCCAGUCCUUCCACCUCAAGCCUGAGCUCUACCCAUUCUGCACCAUCUCAAAUGAUCAACUCUGCACCUCCUAGUGCAAGAGUGCUGAAGGGUGCUGGAUUGACAACUCUGGAGGCUGAAGCCCUCUAUUUAUCCACAGAACAGAUACCACCUGGGCGGCAGCAGUGCAAGCUUUCCCACACUGCCCCCACCAAUGUGCCUCAUCUCUGUCCUGGAGGGACCACCUCUAGAGGCUCUCCCUCUCUACCAGAUAAAUACCGUCAUCAUCGAGAAUUAAUGAUGCUACUACCAGCACACCGAGAUCGGCCUAGCAGUGCUAUGUAUCCUGCAGCUAUCAUGGAAAAUGGACAGCAUCCAAAUUUCCAGAGAGCCUUAUUCCAGCAGGUAAUUGGACCAUGCAAACCCUGCAGUGAUCCUAAUCUAUCUGUUGCUGAAAAAGCUGUUUCAGCAGCACCGAGCAGCUGGAGUCUAGACAGCGGAACCAGAGAGGCCCUGCCAUUCCUGUCUGCUCAUGUUGGGAGCAUCCUGAUCCCACCAGUGCCUCCUCCAAGCCUGACCCAUGGCCACUAUUUACUACACUUUGAUGCUUUCCACCAUCAUCUUAAUGACGCUCCCCCAGCGCUGCCUGCACGAACACUGCGCAAGUCUCCUCUUCAUCCGAUACCUGCAUCCCCCACAAGUCCCCAGUCUGGCCUGGAUGGAAGCAAUUCCACUCUUUCUGGUAGCGCUAGCAGUGGUGUUUCCUCACUAAGUGAAAGUAAUUUUGGCCAUUCAUCUGAGCCCCCUCCUCGAACAGACACAAUGGAUUCCGUCCCGAGCCAGACGUGGAACACUGAUGAAGACUUAGAGACACCCUAUCUCCCUGUCAGGUACAGUCUCUCAGAACCUGAUGUUUUAGAAACUCUCAAAACCCAGCCAUGCCGAAGCCACUCUGCUCCGUCUGGAGUCAUUCCUCAGGACACUAUGGACCCUCCAGCUCUACCCCCUAAACCAUAUCAUUCCCGUCACCCAAACGAAGAGGGAAUAAUUCUGGAAGAGGAUGAAAAAUAUCGAGCACUGCAUCGCAAAAUUGCCCAGCCGGCUACUGGUGCAAAAGAGGAGCAAGCAAGGGUGGCAUGGGAGCAUGGCAUCAGCGAGCAGUAGGCAAAAUUGUCAGAGUAUAGUUUGUAUGAUCAUUCCAGGUUUUAGAACCAGAACAGUAUGUAAAAAAGCAGAGAAGUUGAUUAUUUUUCUUCUGCUCUGUGAGAUUGACUGGAAUCAGAGACUGAGCCAGCAUGUAAAAAACUGCUGCUUUCCUUUUUAUUUAAUUUUAUACUUUCCAGGUUUUUAGUGGUUUGGGAUUUGUUCUUUUUCCCACACUGGAUGCUACAUUCCUUCUACAAUUUCAGAUAACAGGAAGAAUUGAAUGACACAAGGGGAAGCGGCAUGGGAUUUUUACAAGCUUUCUUCUUGGUUUGAAGAUGUGCACAAAUCGAAGGAGUUGCACUAGGAAUGUGUUUAUUUGUUGUGUUAAAUGGAUUUGGAGAUUCCAUGAAAUGUCAAGCCAGAAGGUGCAGUUUAAAGUUUUAAAUACAGUGAAUUCUGCUUUUGAAGAUAACUGGAUCUUUCAGGCUUCAGGCAUAUGAACUCUUUUGUGGUGAUCUCCUUGCACUGCCUCAGGAAUGCUGAAGCAAUCUGACUUAUGUUCGCUUGCUAUUGCCUAUUUUACAUAUUUCCUAGUUUGCUAGACUUUUUAUUUCAAUUUUUUUUCUCAUCAUGGUGUAUUCAAACAACCUGUAGCCCAUUUUUGGCCAGCUGUGCCUAAAGAAGCUUUUGGCCCCAGCAUUCUUUUAUUCCUAAAAAAUGGUGUUGCCAAAAGCCAAUUCAGGAUUGGCAAAGGAAUAAACUAUUGAGUCAGCAGCUGGGAAUCUGGUCUAGAAUAAAAUAAAAGGAAGAUCUGAGUGCAUACUUGAUCUUUGCCUCAAAUGUCUUGUAUCAUGUUCCCCAAAGACUCUCAGAUCACCAAAAAAAUAAAAACCCUGUUCCAGUGGGUUAAGGUAGAAGUAUUAAAAUUGUGACUGAUUGAAAGACAUUGACAUACAAAGAAAGGAGCUACUUAAUUUGUAUUCAAGAAUUAGUUCUGCCAAUUAAUUUUACAUGUUGCCAUUAUACAUUUUCACCAAAGGAAUCAUGAUACAUGGUGCCAUAUAUUAUGCAGUAGUUGAUAGCGUAACUAAACUUGGAAAAGUGUAUGAAAAUAUAUGAAAGGAAUACACACAUUAAGCAAUAUGGAAAACUUAUAAUGCAAAAUAGUUUUAUAUUGAUAAUUGAAGAAUUUUAAUCAAUGCUUCAUUUUCUUAUAAUUCAUUCCAGGUUCUCAAAAGGGAAAAUAUAAAGGGAAAAGCUUUAAGAUCCAGAUUUGUUUUUUGCCCAGUCUUUGGAAGGGUAAACAUCCCAUUUAUUUUUACAUUUUUCACAAGCACAUUGUGAAAAAUGUAUAAGUUGAUGGCUGUACCACAAAAGUCCGAACUAAAUUAUGAAUCACUUAAUACUUUAGGAUCCUAUUCACUAUAAUGGAUUUACUCUGUGUUUCUCCCACAAAAGUCAGUAAUUAAGAUAUCUAUCCUUUAAUAGAACAUGCAACAUUGGUAGAAUGGAUUCUCCUUCUUGUGCCCUUUAUACUCUCAAAAUGUACUCUUCUUUGAAGCAGACUUGAGUAUAAAAGCGAAAAAGAAUAGCCAAUGUAUGAGUGAAGGUCUGCUCGUGAAAUGUUAAAUAGAAUCUAGGAAAAAAACAAAUUUAAAAUCUUCAGUUCUUUAAUCAGUGAAUUAUUAUUUGUAGGGAAAAAAAGGAAACAAAUCUAAAGACCAAGGGUUCAUUGUCCACAGCUUUCUAUGGCUGAAAUUGCUUUUCAUGGAAGUACAAGUAGUCCUCUACUUACAACCAUUUGUUUAACAACCACUUGAAGUUAUGAUAGUGCUGAAAAAACUAUUAAUUGGUUUUUGCAUUCCCACAGUCAUGUGAUCAAAAUUGGGCGCUUGGCCUGUAUUUACGAUGGUUGCAGCAUCUCAGGGUCACAUGUUCAUGAUUUGUGAUCUUCCCAGGGGUUUUCCACAAGCAAAAUCAAUGGGGGAAGCUGGGGUUUCACUUAAUAAAUGCAGCAAAAAAAAGAUAGUAAAAUCAAUUGCGACUCACUUAAUGAUUGCACUGUUUAGCAAUAGACCAUGACAAAAAAAACCAUGACUUAAAAACACUUUACCAGCACUUUCCCCAGACACAAGUCAGGCUCCAAUGAUAUUGUAGCAUGAGUGUCUAAAGGUUUUUAGACUUCUAAGUGAAAAAGGUUGAACUAUUCCAAUGUCCAGCAGGAGGUUAUUCCAUAAGGGUGGUGCCAUAACAGACCAGGCAUACUUCCUAGGAUCUACCAGGUGACUGUUUCCCCACUGAGAACAUUUGGAACAUGCCUAUCUUUAUGCAUCUAGUCUAGUGGAACAGGCAGAAACAAAUGGUACUGCAAGUAACCUGGCUCCAUGACUCAUAGAUAAGGUGACAACCAGUACCUUGAAUUGCACUUGGAAGUCUACUGGGAACCAGUGAAGUUUACAUAGCAGCAUACUGUAUUGUGUCCACAACUACAUGCCACUGCAUUGUGGGCCAGUUGGAGCUUGCAAAUGCUCUUCAAGGGCAGCCUCAUAUAGAACAUGUUGCUAUAAGUCUAAAUAGGUGUGUAUGUGUGUGUGUAAAGUGCCAAUUUGGUGUAGUGAAAAAAGAAUCAGGCUAAAAACCAGGAGACUUGACUUCUAGUUCCGCCUUGGCCCAGUCAUUUUUUCUCAGCCUAGGAAAGAGACAAUUGCAAAACCAUUACUGAAAAAACUUGGCAAGAUAACUUCAGGGACUUGUCCAGGAAAUCUCCAAAAUCUGGAUAUUAUUGACCAGAGCAAAGGAAAAUCGGGAGGUUAUUAGGGCACUGCCUCCCAAUCUAUGAACUGGCACAACUGAUACAUAAGACGUCUCUAUUCAAGGACCUUUUUGCCACAGCUGCUGUUUCUCAAUCAGAAGUUGAGGACUACUAGACAUUCCCACAUCAUGGGAAUGUCAUCCCAUCCAGAAUUAAGAAGGGAAGAUCACUAGAUUCAGGGGGCUUUAAAAGACACAGUCAAUCUCAUCAGUUGAGAAAAAAACCUGUUCUCCACCAGACUCUCCCAGCAUCCAGGUACUGGCAGACUACCUCAACAGUAUCCAAUUGGAUGGCCCGGGGCAGAGAGGUAUAACUGAGUAUCAUCAGCAUACUGAUAAUACUUGAUUCAAUGCCAACAAAUGACCUCACCCAGAGGUUUCAUGUAGAUGUUAAAUAGAGUUUCAAAGACCAAGCGCAUUCAUAUUGCCAUUAUCACCAAGUUCUGUGGAGAAAGGCCCGUUUCGAUAUAUUAAUAAGAAUUUUCAGGAUCCAUUAUUUUUCAGUUUCUUUUAUGAUGUUGGUGUGUCUCCACACAGAUUUGUGAUAGCUUUUUAAGGGAAGCAUUCUGUAUAUAUCUGUGCAAAGUAUAAAAUCAGAUUUCCGGUAUAUUUUAAAAGAUAAAUGUGAAACUAAACAUUGUAUAAUUUGGAACUGGAAGAUCACAAAAUACAAGUAGUCCUCACUUUAUGACCAAAAUUGAACCAACAUUUCUGUUGCUAAGGGAAACAUUUGUUAAAUGAGUUUUGUCCCAUUUAAGACUUCUUGUCACAGUUGUAAAUUGCUGCAGUUACUAAAUUAAGUAAUAUAGUUGUUAAGUGAAACUGGUUUCCCCAUUUGACUUUGUCAGGUCGCAAAAGGUGAUCACAUGACCCCAGGACACAGCAAUCAUAAAUAUGAACCAGUUGCCAAGCAUCUGAAUUUUGAUCACGUGACCAUGCGGAUGCUGUGAAAAACAGUCAUAAGUCAUUUUUUCAGUGACAUAACUUUUAACAGUCACUAAAUGAAUUGUUGUAAAUCGAGGAUUACCUGUAUAUGGGUAGAAGUCAGGCUCUUUAUUAGAUACCCUAUGCUGUAUUGCUAAAGUUGCUUAUUAAUUUUUCAGAUUACCAAAUAAGCACUAUUGCAUGGAAUCUAUGUGUUAAAGUGGCUUUCUGUAAAAAGCAUUUUUUGGGACGCAGGUAGCUAAUGGAAAAUAAUCUUUUUUAUAUUUUUGGACACAAAAAUAGCACAAUCAUGCUGCCUUGAAAAAGGUAUAAAGUGCUCCAAAAUAUGUUGCUUGGAAAAGAAAGUUUAAAGACAUUAUUGGUUGGAAAAUGGGAUGAAUUCAUUCCAUCAUGUAUUAGUAAUAGAGAAUAUAGUUAAAUUUUGUUAUUAUAGGAAAAACAAAUCCUUUCCCAGGAAAUAUCCCCAUAAUCAUUUUGAUUCCCCAUCCCACCCUUGUUCUCAUUUUACUGUUCAUGGGGACUAAAUAAUUUUCUAUAUGAGGAAUAAUGAGACUGCAGGAACUUUAGAAAGGGAGUACAAUUUGCUUAAUUUUCUCUGUAUUAUGUUUUAUGUAGAUAUCUCACAUGAAUGCUGUGUAGUUGUACAGGAAAUUGAGCAAAAAAUGUAUAGAUUGUGAUGUCUGGUAUUCUGCCCUGUAAAUGUGUUUUUUAACCUAUGCCAAUCUUAUUUAAAAAAACACACACACACACACACAUUAAACCAGUUCUCUUUUUGUGUAUUCUUGUUCAGAAAACCUGUAUUAAUUGUAAGGAAAACAAACUAAAGGAAAAAAUGUACCAGAAUCCUAAAGAUAUUUGGUUGUAUAUAUUGUGAUAGCAUGUUUCCAGAAUCAACAAAUAAGUGAUGUGAAUUUUAGGUGUAAAUAUCUGAUGUUUUGUUUUGGAAAUUUUCUUUCCCCACUCAACUGCUGUGAUGUGGAAUUAAAGAUUAAUACUGAUACUAAAAAGCAUUGAGCAAA